AUGAUCACCAAUAACGAGAAAGAAAUACAGAAUAAGUGUAAAAAUCUCCAGAUUCCAAAUUAUUUAAAAGAUGAUAACUACGAAACUGAUGCCGAAUUACUGCAGAAAGCAAAUUUAUUCGCAUUACGAUCAAAAUCGAUUUUUGAGGAGAUUAGAAAACUCUUCAAGGAGAUUAUAAAAAAUAAGAAUUGUGAAGAAGAUGGCAAGGUGGAAAUAAUUAUCAAAGAUGAAAUAUUGCAGGAUCUGGUCUAUACAUGUGGAACUUUUAUUGCUUUAAAAGAAUCUUGGGUGGACUCAGAAUUGAAUAAUAAAGCAAAUUCUGUUUUAGAAAGUAUUACAUCUCUAGAUCCGGAACGUUUCCCGUCCGUGUCACGACUAAUACAAAUCUUUGCAACAAAGAUCUUGGAAAGAUUCGUAAAACCAUGUUUUUUGCAAAAUGCCGAGUUCAACAAAACCAGUUCAAAGGCAAAAAAACAGCGUGAUAAAACUGCAAAUAGUAUUGACGAGUCAAAACGCUUAGAUAUUAGUCUGGCCGCGUCAAUAUUGGAGUGGAUUGUCAUGCAGAUUCAGCAUCCCGAACUUGACACAAUGAUUAGCUUAAUCAUUCCGCCAAUGUUGACUUUAAUUGAUGAUUAUAAUGUGAAGUUCAAGAUUAAAGGCACGUCCAUUCUUGAUCACCUCUUAAAGCAAGUGAAACCUGCCAUUAUACAACGUACGGGACUCGGCAACAUUUUCUAUGAGGCAUUAAUAGUUUGCUUAACAUAUCAGAGCGAAGAAAAGUACUUACCUUUAUUGCGCACAAGUUUCUCGGCUAUUCUCAAUCUCAUACCAUUAAUAGAAUCAUCAAAUAUUAAAGCACAACAUGCUAAAUUUGAAAAGGUUUUGUUUGAUCAUAUUAUCCGAGGAAUAAUUUUCGCGGAUGAUAGACUUUCAAUUCGUAAAGUAUUAUUAGAACAGGUUCCACCUUUUGCGGAUGCUCUUGGAAUUUGCAUGGUUAAAUAUUUAAAGCAUUUGAUUCCGGCUAUUAGCAAUAUUUUAGAAAUUCCACUUAAUAUAACGAGUAAUAAGCGAAUUCUAGAAUUGCAUAUCACCGCCGCUAUUGCUUUUGAGCAUAUUAUCAUGACUUGUUGGCCAAGGAUUCCUCGAUACGAAGGCCCAAUUCUAAAAGCGAUAGUUACUUCUUGGAGUCAAACUAUUGCGUUCGAGAAAAACGAAAAGCCCACCGAUAAUUUCAUAAAAUUUAAAGAAAGAUUACAGAGCUUAUGUCGAUUACUUUCGUUUGCAUGUAAUAGUCAUCCACAGUUUCAGAAUGAUUGUCAGGUGCUACGAAAUUUGGAUCCUGAUGUAUUUAAUCCAUUGUUUGAUCAAAUUUGUUUAGAAAGCUAA